AAGUACAAAAGCACAACUUCCGAACGAGCCACAGUCAGUCAAUGCAGUCGCGUUGGACAGCUUAUUGGCAUCGUGUUUCCAAACAAAAGUCAUGAAUACCUACAUUAUUUUGCUUGUGGUUCUAAUUUUACCUGCCUUAACCCUGGGCAAGAAGCCAAAUAAGGGUGGUGUAGUUAGGGGUAACAGGAGAGGUACUGUGCGGAACACCAACAUCAAAUCCCCCGGCGAUGCGUGCGGCUGCACCGGAAUCAUCCGCAGGCCCGUUUGCGGAACCGAUGGCAACACUUACAACAAUGUGUGCGAGCUCAACUGUGCUAAUCAGAACAGUCAAGUUGACAAUAGACGCUGCUGUAAAGAUUCCGUGUGCAAGGAGUACGUCGGCCGGGAAAAUCUGAAUGGGCGCUGCAAGCGUUGGAUCGACAACCGCGGCAUCUAUACACCGAAGCCUGAUCCGAUCCGCGACGAAAACUUCCCUGAACGAUCUGUCCGCAAUGCUCAGAACUACUGUCGCAAUCCGGACAAAGGCAAGUCAGGACUUUGGUGUUACACCGGCGUUGGAAAGCCUCUACAGUACGAACGCUGUGUGAACGUACCGCAGUGUAGUAUAACAGUGGCUUACCAGGGCGAAUGCCGAAGCAUUGGAUCCACGUCGGGUUGAUUCGGUCACCCUCCCGUCACAGUUCUUCGUGGAGAAAAUUAUCGCCUGGAAGGACAUGCCUGUAAACUUAUCGGUUUCUUUGAUCUGCAUACUUACUGCAUUUCCAGGUAAAAAAUGAAGCAAUAAAGCAACAGAAAAAUGUUUGAAAAUCAAGUGCAUCGGUCACCUUCCCGUCACAGUUCUUCGUGGAGAAAAUUAUCACCUGGAAGGAUAUGCCUGUAAACUUAUCGGUUUGAUCUGCAUACUUACUGUAUUUCCAGGAAAAAAAUGAAGCAAUAAAGCAACAGAAAAAAUGUUUGAAAAUCAAGUGCAUGCGACUGUCCGGU